GCUGGAGACCAAGCCGGAGCGGGAGCUGGAGCCGAGGAGGCGGCGGGACCGGCCGGCCGGACAAAUUUCCUGCUCUGCUGCGGACGGCAGGCUGCAGGAGCCACGCAACCGGCGCCGGGACCCCGCUGCCUCCGCGCGCCCCCGAGACCCUCCUCCGCGCCCGGCGGGGACAGUGGUGCGCCCCGGAGGACCGCGGGCGGACGCCCAGGAGAUGCGGAGCCGCCGCGGCGGCGCUAUCGGCGCGACUGGACCGGCCCCCCAGAGACUAUAGCCUUCGUUUUCCCUUGGUCCACCAUGGAGCCCUUCUGUCCCUUCCUGCUGGCGGGCGUUAGCCUGCCACUCGCCAGGGCUCUCAAGGGCAACGAGACCACCACAGCAGAGAGCAACUGGACCACCACAACGUCAGGCCCUGGGGACCCAGGCCCUGCCCAGCCGCUGCUGGCCUGGCUGCUGCUGCCGCUGCUGCUGCUGCUCUCUCUCCUGCUGGCCGCCUACUUCUUCAGGUUCAGGAAGCAGAGGAAAGCCGUGGUCAGUGCCAGUGACAAGAAGAUGCCCAACGGAAUCUUAGAAGAGCAAGAGCAGCAAAGGGUGAUGUUGCUGAGCAGGUCCCCCUCGGGGCCCAAGAAGUACUUCCCCAUCCCCGUGGGGCACCUGGAGGAGGAGAUCCGAGUCCGCUCUGCAGACGACUGCAAGCGCUUUCGAGAGGAAUUCAAUUCAUUGCCCUCUGGACACGUACAAGGAACAUUUGAAGUGGCAAAUAAAGAAGAAAACAGAGAAAAAAACCGGUAUCCCAACAUCCUUCCCAAUGAUCAUUCCAGGGUGAUUCUGAGUCAAGUGGAUGGCGUUCCUUGUUCAGAUUACAUUAAUGCUUCCUAUAUAGACGGUUACAAAGAGAAGAAUAAAUUCAUAGCAGCUCAAGGCCCAAAGCAGGAAACUGUUAAUGACUUCUGGAGAAUGAUCUGGGAGCAAAAGUCUGCCACCAUCGUCAUGUUAACCAACCUGAAAGAAAGAAAAGAGGAAAAGUGCUGUCAGUACUGGCCAGACCAGGGCUGCUGGACCUAUGGAAAUAUCCGGGUGUGCGUGGAAGACUGCGUGGUUUUGGUGGACUAUACUAUCCGGAAGUUCUGCAUACAACCACAGCUGCCCGAUGGCUGCAAGGCCCCCCGGCUCGUCUCACAGCUGCACUUCACCAGCUGGCCUGAUUUUGGGGUGCCCUUUACCCCCAUCGGGAUGCUGAAGUUCCUCAAGAAAGUGAAGGCGCUUAACCCCACACACGCCGGGCCCAUUGUGGUCCACUGCAGCGCGGGUGUGGGCCGGACGGGCACCUUCAUGGUGAUCGACGCCAUGAUGGACAUGGUGCAGGCCGAGCAGCAGGUCGACGUCUUCAACUACGUAUCUCGAAUCCGCAAUCAGCGCCCUCAGAUGGUCCAGACGGAUGUGCAGUACACGUUCAUCUACCAAGCCUUACUGGAGCACUACCUCUACGGGGACACGGAGCUGGACGUGUCCUCCCUGGAGAAGCACCUGCAGGCUCUGCACGGCACCGCCUCCCACUUUGACAAGAUCGGGCUGGAGGAGGAGUUCAGGAAAUUGACAAAUGUCCGGAUCAUGAAGGAGAACAUGAGGACGGGCAACUUGCCAGCCAACAUGAAGAAGGCCCGAGUCAUCCAGAUCAUCCCUUAUGACUUCAAUCGAGUUAUCCUUUCAAUGAAAAGAGGUCAAGAGUACACAGACUACAUCAACGCCUCCUUCAUAGACGGCUACCGACAGAAGGACUAUUUCAUCGCCACCCAGGGGCCCCUGGCACACACGGUGGAGGACUUCUGGAGGAUGGUCUGGGAGUGGAGGUCCCGCACAAUCGUGAUGCUGACUGAGGUGCAGGAGAGAGAGCAGGAUAAAUGCUACCAGUAUUGGCCAACAGAGGGCUCAGUCACCCAUGGAGACAUAACCAUUGAAAUAAAGAGCGAUACCCUUUCUGAAGCCAUCAGUGUACGAGACUUCCUAGUCACUUUCAAUCAGCCGCUGGCCCGCCAGGAGGAGCAGGUCCGCGUGGUACGCCAGUUCCACUUCCAUGGCUGGCCCGAGAUCGGGAUCCCCGCCGAGGGCAAAGGCAUGAUUGACCUGAUCGCGGCUGUGCAGAAGCAGCAGCAGCAGACGGGCAACCACCCCAUCACGGUGCAUUGCAGUGCCGGUGCUGGGCGAACAGGUACAUUCAUAGCCCUCAGCAACAUUUUGGAACGAGUAAAAGCUGAGGGACUUUUAGACGUCUUUCAAGCUGUGAAGAGUUUACGACUUCAGAGACCACAUAUGGUGCAAACCCUGGAACAGUAUGAAUUCUGCUACAAAGUGGUACAAGAUUUUAUUGAUAUAUUUUCUGAUUAUGCUAAUUUCAAAUGAAGAUUCCUGCCUUAAAAUAUUUUUUAAUUUAAUGGUCAGUAUAUUUUGUAAAAAUCACGUUAAUUUAUUUCACAGUUGACGUUAAUAUCCUUCCUAAUUUCUUUGUAUAUAUUUUGUUACGCCUAAAAGGCCAGCUGCCAUAAAGUUAUUAAAAUACCCCUUUUAAAAAUUAAAAUAAUGUUAUUAAGGUCAAAUAAUUAAUCCCAUAAAAUAUAUAUUUCUGCUAAUAUCAGUAAAAGUCUUAGUUUUUCAUUAGAUUCCUAUUAUUUCACUUCACACCCUCACCACUUCUAGUUUUCUAAGCCUAACUGUGCCAACUGUGCUUAUGCAAGGCCUAAACAGAGCUUGCUGGGAAGAGAACAGUCGAGGACUCAGAUGUCAUUUGAAAAUUCUCUUUCCUGACACCGACCUUACAACUCUGAAAAGCAGCAUUUUUUGAAGGCAAACUGUUGGUGGAGAUAAAACGUGAACAGGGACUUUGGUAGAGUCCUCAGUCCCCACCCACGUGAUGUAUCUUUACAAGGCUAGAAGACUUCGCAACCUAAAUCCAGGUCCUGAAUAUAUUAGAGUAGUUGGUGACUGCGUAAUAACACUCAAAAAUGUGUUUAUUCAAGACCAUGUCUAUCCCAUCGUGGCUGGGUGAGAGAAAUGUAAACACUGGGUCAUCCUGUUGGCCUGUGCCCUCGGGCACAGCAACCCUGGUGGCUGGAGCCACAGUCCGAAGCACCACUUGUGGUCCGUCUGUCUGACGCAGACAGCCCUGAGACAAUCCAACCGGCUGCUUCUCCCACUCCCCCUCCCAUCCUGCCAGCUGCCUGUGUGUCCCAAGCUCCACCCGGAGGAGGCUCAACACAAACCACCUCCCACCCAGAUGUCAGCUGAAGCCACAGCGCAGUCCAAGGGCACACCCUGGGGCAGGAACAGUAGAGUAACCACACGUGAUUAAAACUUUACAUUCUCUGAGGAGCAUUUUGGUAUUUAAAAGUUUCUUGUAAAAAGCUAAGAUCGUUUGUAAGAAAAGAAACCUUGAAAUCUAGAUUUAUACAGUCUUUUUAAAGUCCCACUCCACAACCUUUAAUAAAAGAAAAAGAAAGAGAAAUCCUUACUCUUAAAGCCAAUGUAUUUUUGAAUGGAAAUAAUGGAAACACUACUGAGACCUUUGACACUGGAUAAAUAAUAAUUCCACUGCCAGACAGGCUUGGCUUGUGAAGCUGGGGGAGGACAGGCAGGGGACACCAAUUGGGAACCUUUAAUGUACUAACAGCUACCACGGGUCUCCCUGUGGCCAUUAGGUACCUGCAGAUGAGCACAGCAGAAACAGGAAUACAUCUGGUCUACCUUACUGAAAGCAUUUAAUACGUGCAUUUUUGGUACAUUUUUGCUUUUUAGAAGAGAUACAUAGAUAUAAAGGCCUUAUUUGACAUUUUCACUGAUAACCAAUUACGCCUCCCUGUCGCAGUGUUUAUCCCCUGUUCAUUGACAGUGUGAACAAAUGCAGCCCAGGGGGAUGGGGUAUUGUCCUAGAUCAUCAAGCUUUUCACCUGCUGCACCACGCAGAGCCCAUCCAAGGGCAAGAGUUGGUGUUCAGCGGGAGGGAUGGAAGUGCUGCACCUUGUGGCUGCUUGCCGUCACCUCCAGCUGAGUCCCUGGCUGCCCACUGCUGAAGCUCUGCGGCCCUCUCUCCUGCUCUAUGCAGGGAUUAAGCUUUAGGUGGAACACCAGAUGGUCCCCUUUGUUCUCAUUGUUAAAACCCCAAACCUAAAGGCUUUUCUUUGACUGUGAGAGAAGAGAGGGGAAUAAGCUUUUUUCAGCACUUGAACCUUGGAAACAGAGCCGGCUCUUUAUGAUGAAGAUGACCUCACACUGGUGACUCAUGCAAGAGUUUCAAAGGCAAAAUUAAGGUGUGUAGGCACUGGUCCAAGUUUAGGGACCCUUAGGAUCCUUGAAGCCCUUUGAUGGUCUAAUUGGCAUCUCUUGUUUCAAGAAGUACCUUUAAGGUAGACCUUUCAGGCUGUCCUCAGGAAAGUACCCUGUUCUCGCGUUAUUCCUGACUGCUUGGACCAUUUUCCAGAUGUCCAUGACAGGGUUCUGCCAUGUUCCCAAGCCUUUCCCAUUCCAGAAACAAAGCAGAGCCACUCUUGGGAUGCAGGAUUCCACCCCCUCCUCAAUCUGGGACAACACUUGCCCUUUAGAGGGGCGGGUCAUUGCAGCCGCAUGGCCUCUGCCAAGGCCCCAGUUCAGUCUCCUGGGGGUAACUGCAUGCAAGGGGAUCAGAAUCUUCUCUGUGCGACCUAGAAAGUUCAUCUCUUCUUCCCUUCAGUCAAAGAAAGUCCAUUGUACAGAACAAAGCAGCCAAUGUGGACGGACGCCAUUCUUCCUUCCACAUUCUAUGUGGCAUGCCGUUGAUUUCCACGCCAAACAGCGAUUAGAAGACGGCCAUUCUGAUCGACGUGCUGUAUCGGUCACUGUGUGACUGACUUGAGGGUUUCUCUCUGCGUGCUAAAUGAGUGAAGAAUGCACACCAGUGUUUUAAAAGGUAUUUUUAUGUGUUUUUAAAAACUUCUUAAAACAAGCCUGACACCUGUGUUUCAGCAUUUGGGGACAUGCCCAUGUUAUUUUUUUAAAAUGUAUUACUGAUACCUCUUUAUUUGUUUAACUAAGUUGUGUUUUAUUUAUGUGCGAUCUUUAUAAUACAUGUAUGCAUUACAGUUUCCACUAUCAUAGUCUCUUUCAUUACAUUUAUAAUUUGAUCUUGCUAUGACUAUAAUGCCAGUGAAUGUUGCUGACUUCCUUGUAUAUGCAAAUUUCCAGAUCUAAACCACUCUGAUGCAAGGAUAAACCUUCACUUUGACUACCA